UGUCUCGUACAGGUAAAGUUAAAAUUCAUUUUUAUUUUUGACUCUUAAUUUUGUUCAAAAACUGUAACUAUGCCCAAACGAUGUCACAGCCACUAAUAAUACAGUCACGUCUUUUUCUUCAAAGGAAGCUGAAGAGCUCUCUUUCUUCAACACACACUUUGAAAUGCCUCUUAUUGUCUUGACAGGGUACCCUUCUAGCGGAAAAACUCAAAGAACCAAUGAAAUUAAAGAAUAUUUGACAAAGAAACUCGCAGGAGAAAACAAGUCUCUUAGAAUUCACAUUAUAGACGAUCAUAGUCUUCAUGUACCCAAAACUGCUUACAAAGAUGCCAGAGAAGAAAAAAAGGCUAGAGGCGCACUAUUAUCAGCUGUAGAAAGAUUAUUAUCAAAAGAUGAUAUUGUUAUUGCCGAUGGAUUGAAUUAUAUCAAAGGGUUUCGAUAUCAGCUUUAUUGUGUAGCCAGAGCCAUUGGUACACCACACUGCGUUGUGCAUACGGGUGUUCCUGCUGAUAUAGCAAAAGAAUGGAAUACGAGUAGAAAUGAUGAAAGAUAUGAUGAUAUAGUGUUUGAUGAAUUAGUGUCAAGGUAUGAGGAACCAGAUGAACGCAACAGAUGGGAUUCUCCAUUGUUUACUAUAAUUUAUGAUGAUAAAGAAAUACCUGGAGACAAGCUAUGGGAUGCUGUCAUUCUCAAGAAGCCACCGCCACCCAACAAGUCUACAGUAUCUAAGCCAGUGUCGUCCACUAAUUAUGUAUAUGAGCUCGACAAGGCCACUUUAGAGAUCAUCAAUGCAUUUGUUGAACAACAGAAAGAGCUUGGCCCUGGAGGCAUGCCAAUGACAGUACCUAGAUCUACAGUGAAAGUAAUCAAUCCGUCACGUACUGUGACCCUGUCUGAACUUCGACGUUUGCGUAAACAGUUUGUCACAUAUAACAAGAUGAAUACAACACUAGAUGUGAAUCGUCUUGGUGAUGUGUUUGUAGAAUACCUUAAUACUAAUUUGGAAUAAACAGAUAAAUUAAACGUUUAAAGAUUG